AUCACAUCAUCGUCUUCACUGUGACAAAUGGCAAACUUCAAGCACUGUAUAUCCAGCUCAUGGAAAUGGGCGUCCUCUUACAUUCGGUUCUCCAAGGCCGCCAUAUUCAUCAGCGGUUUGAUAUUCAGCAAAUCAUUUAUAGAGAACGCUUUUAAAGCAUUCUUGAUAUUCUACAUCAUCGACUCCCUGGAAAACUUAUCUAUUGGGGUAGCUAUAGUCUAUACAGUAGCUGCAGAUGGCAUACAACAAUUUCUGGUCAUUCUCAUUCACCACCUUGCAAUUGAUCGUCACGGUGAUUUCCGAGUCAUUAUCCUCACCAUCCCAUGUUUGAUCUUCGGAUUAUUGAUAUUAUGGCUUUCUAGUUUGCUUCGAUCCCAACAAACGAGGAAUCAAAUGCUUUACAUAGCUCUACCGGUAAUAUUGGUUGGCUUAGCCGGAAAGGAAGUUUCUCUAGAAGGAUUUUUACGUCAGCAUUUUGUAGAAGAAACUAUUGUUGUUGAUGAGACUAAGUCGGAAAGACAACAGGAGGAAGACUAUAACGAUAUUGUAGACGGUCGUGCUAGUUUAUGGUCCACUGGUGCCGGCUUUCUUGGACAAUUCAUAUGUUGGACGUUCACAUCAAGCCUUCGUUGGCAGCAAAGGAUCAUGGUUUCAUUCAUCGAGGUGGCGGCGGCUUACGCACUUUUCAUCUGCGGCAAACGAUUUUUCCUACGCAUACCUCCAACACGACGAACCGCUGUUUCUCGAUUGAAGGAAGCGGGGGGGCUUGUGAAAUUGAUCCCUCUUUGGCUUUUAUUCAUCCCUUAUUGUCUAGUGGAAGUUGCGGGUUUCUCCAUUUUCAUACUUCAAAGUGAUAGAUUGGAUACCGAAAUUAAUCCCAGGAUUUCUCUACAUUCAUUUAAUCAAGUUCCCGUGAGCUCACUCUACGUGUUUGAACAAUUCAUAAGCUUUUUAGUAUCCAUGUCGACCAAGUAUCUAAUAAGGAAGCUUUGGAGCAGUGAAGAAGCCAUGCAACGUGGUGCUAGAUAUUGGAGAAUGGGUGUUGGGAUGGCGGUUGGUUUUGGCUCCUUGUCAAGUGCUUGGUUAGUGGAGCGCCGGAGAUCGGAUCUAAUCAAGAAAAACCCUAAUAACGACGAAGUUAUUCGCAUGACAAUACUAUGGCUGGCUCCUCAGUUUGGCUUGCUAGGAAUUGCCAAUGGACUUGUUUCUAAGGGGCUAACAGAUUUCUUUUAUGACCGUGUGCCCGAAUCCAAACGGUAUUUUGUGGUCCUAUUCAAUCAAAGUUUGACGGUAAUUGGGAGUUUCUUAAGUGGGCUUGCCGUUUUGCUUGGACCAGACUGGCUCGGCGACACCAUUGACAAGCGUCAAUUGGACAAGUACUUACUCAUGUUGGCGAUUUUGAAUGUUGCUGUCCUGCCCCUUUACAUCUUUCUUUCCUUAAGGUUUGAUUGGAACAUACCAGAUGCGGUUGACGGAAGAGAUAUUGAGAUAGAGGAGGUCGAUGGAAGCGAUGUUGAGAUAUUAAUAGAGGAGGUGGAUGGAAGGGAUGUUGAGAUAUUAUAGUUAUUUAUCCUAAAAGUUAUGGUUAGUCAAUUUUUAUAAGUUUUUAUUUUAGGUAUAAAAUAUAAAAUAUUUUUUAAAUUGUGCUGUUAACCAUCAUUUUCAU